GAGACCGUGAUUUCAACGUGCUCGCUAUUCAAGUCAUGGACUGCAGCGAGCGGGGGAACCAUUAGGAGCCGGUGGCAAAAACCCGCUUUAUUUGCAACACACGGACGAUGCCGCUGCUGCUGCCACACCACCCGGAUCGGACACACGCUCCCUGACAGGAGGAAUUAUUACUAAUAGCUGCGUUUAUGUAAUCAAUACAAACGGAUUGCUUUUUGGGGGAUAUAGCAUCCCGAGGAUUCUUUCCCUUUCUACUUGAUUGAAGAUACUGUAUGUGCCAUAUGCUCUGCGAUUUUUAGAGCAGCCUAUGGCAAUCCGCUCGUCCUGAUGCGACGCGUGUGAUGGUUGCAGUGGGACGGAUAUACUUAAUUUUUUAUCCAAUAGGCGUUCUCCGGGUUUUUUUUGUAGGACGCUUGUGCACCCUCUUUCUACACUGACCUUAACAAUGCUUUAAAUAGGUAAUUGUUAAAUGUCAUGUCUGUCUUCUGAUCCUGUUCAUUUGUUUUUAAGGGGGGGACAUAUUCGCAAAAACACCACAAAUCCACCAGAUAUUUGUCCACUUUGGUUUGUUCUUUUGGUUCGAUUUUGAGGGAGACCACCGGUGGGAGUCAAAAAUCUGGACUGUGACUGGUUUGGGGGCCUGAUACAGACUUGAUCCCCCCCCCCCCACCAUCAAAAACUCUGCAGGAUUUCCUCCUCCUCACUCCAGAGGAAUAUCUUCCAAGUCCAGGGGGGUUACACUGCUGGUUCCUCUGAGGGGGUUUUCAUCGGCGCUCAUCACAUCCGAGGGAAUGGUGGCCGCACCGCACAUCCACGCAACUCUUUCUGAAUGUUUGGCGUUUUUUCGCAGGCGAGCAUCUUGACUUGUGAUCGAGAGAGACGCGGACUGCAGCAGCCUCCUUUUCACAUGGAGAUUUGUGCCUCGGUCGUACUGCAAAUCUUAAAUACGGGGACCGGGGCCCUGCUGGUUUUUCCUUCACUGCUCUCAACCCCGAUACCCUUUAUUCGAGAAAAUGCAGAACACAACCAGCAGAUGAACUAUGAAUGCUGAACACAAUGAUCUCCUCCCUCCAGCGCCAGACAAUGAGAGGUCGUAGGCUGAAGGGGGCGCUGUCCAACCCCCUCUUUGUGCUGCUCUUGGCCCUUCAGAUCCUGGUGGUGGCUGGGCUGGUUCGUGCUCAGACAUGUCCUUCUGUUUGCUCAUGCAGUAACCAGUUCAGUAAAGUCAUAUGCACCCGCCGCAGUCUACGGGAUGUCCCCGAUGGCAUUUCCACCAACACUCGCUACCUGAACCUACAGGACAACCUAAUCCAGGUCAUCAAAGUAGACAGUUUCAAACAUCUGCGCCAUCUGGAGAUACUCCAGCUGAGCAAGAAUCACAUCCGCAGCAUUGAAAUUGGCGCUUUUAAUGGACUGGCCAGUCUUAACACCUUGGAGCUCUUUGAUAAUCGGCUCACGACAAUCCCCAAUGGCGCAUUUGAGUACCUGUCCAAGCUGAAGGAAUUGUGGCUACGGAACAACCCCAUUGAAAGUAUACCAUCUUAUGCCUUCAACCGAGUCCCCUCGCUUCGAAGGCUGGAUCUAGGUGAGCUCAAACGUCUCUCCUAUAUUUCUGAUGGGGCCUUCAAGGACUUGAGCAACUUGCGCUACCUGAAUCUGGGAAUGUGCAACCUCAAGGAGAUCCCAAAUAUCUUACCUUUGGUCAGGCUUGAAGAGCUCGAAAUGUCAGGAAACCUGAUCACUGUUAUCAAGCCCAGCUCCUUUACAGGAUUAGCUAACCUCCAGAAGCUGUGGAUGAUGCAUGCUCAGAUCCAAACUAUUGAGAGGAAUUCUUUUGAUGACCUUCAGUCACUUGUGGAGCUCAACCUGGCACACAACAAUCUGACCUUUCUACCACAUGACCUCUUCACCCCGUUGCAUCGCCUAGAGCGGGUCCACCUUCACCACAACCCUUGGAACUGCAACUGUGAUAUCUUGUGGCUCAGCUGGUGGCUGAAGGAGGCAGUACCUGCCAACACCAGCUGCUGCGCCCGUUGUCAUGCUCCUACAGCCUUUAAAGGUCGCUAUAUUGGGGAAUUGGAUCACAGCUACUUCCAAUGUGAUAUUCCUGUCAUCGUUGAACCACCAACUGACUUGAAUGUGACUGAAGGCAUGGGGGCAGAGCUUAAAUGUCGUACAAGCUCACUGACAUCCAUCAGCUGGCUGACACCAAAUGGUUCGUUGGUGACACACGGGGCUUAUAAGGUGCGCUUAUCUGUACUCAACGAUGGGACACUGAACUUUACGACCGUCUCAAUGCAGGACACUGGGACUUACACUUGUAUGGUAAGCAACACAGCAGGCAACAUUUCUGCCUCUGCUGUGCUUAAUGUCACUUCUGUGGAAAACAGCGGGGUGACCUAUUUUACCACAGUCACAGUGGAGACCAUUGAGACCCCAGGAGAUGAUAGCCAAACGCCGCUUCCCCCAUUUGGCUGGGUAUCAUCAUCAACGACAAAAGGUACUCCUGUUUCCACAAGGACCACAGAGCGGACUUAUACCAUUCCAGUUCUUGAUCUGGAUGGCGAGGGAGCCCUCAAUGGCCUGGAUGAGGUGAUGAAAACCACCAAGAUUAUCAUUGGCUGCUUUGUGGCCAUCACGCUUAUGGCUGCUGUAUUGCUGGUUAUUUUCUACAAAAUGAGGAAGCAGCAUAACCAGCAGGAUCCUGAUGGGCCUGCCUCCUCCAUGGAGGUUAUCACUGUUGAAGAAGAGCUUGCAGGUGUCGCUGCCAUGGAGAGACACCUAUCUCUGCCCCCUCUAGAGCACUACAACCACUACAACACCUACAAGAGCACUUACCACCACCCUCCCAUGCUCAGUACCAUACACAGCUCAGCGACACAGGAACCUUUACUGAUUCAAGCCUGCUCAAAAGACAAUGUACAAGAGACCCAAAUCUGAUCUUGAAUUUGACUUAAUAUACAGUAUCAGCAGUUUCAUACUUGGAGUACAAUGGACCAAAACAUGAAAAUAAAAUAAAUCAAAGUGACAUUGACUUGACACAGUUGAUGUCGAUAAUGUCGAUAAUACAGCAUUUGGCAAAGGGACGACAUAUGAUACUUUAACAAGUGUCUUUACAAAAACAAAGAUUAUUUAUUAAAAGUAUGUCUAGUGGCUAAAUGAAGAAAAACAAUUUGUGAUAGCUUUUUAGCUCAUUUUAUUUCUCUCUAUCUGUGUAAUACUGCACAAGGGAAAGAAUGGUUUACUAAAGGGUAAUAUAGAAUGCAUCACAUGCAGCUCAAGUGAAACUACAGAAGUAAUUGACCUAACACAAAAAUCAAUGCAAUGCUUUUAUUAUAAUUAUUUUUCUUAAAGAUAAUACUCUGUUGAAAGGCAUUGCUGUAUUAUUUAUCAACAUUUAUAUGCUUUUUGCUGGAAAAAAAUCCUGUCCUUUUUGGGCAGAGGUUUAUGAAAAACAAAAAACACAAAUUGGGUUUGUUCUCAUUGCCAUCUUAUUCUAGCUGUCAUUCAACCCAAAUGAGAUCUUUUAAUGACACUGCUCUGGAUGAUAUCGCAGUGAAGCCAGCAUGCCUGAGGAGCAAAGCAGCCAAAUGAGCAAAUGUGCAUUUCCCCUGUGGCUCCUAAACAGCCAUACAUCCCUCUUUUUAAUUAAGACUAAGUUCUUGCUUCCACUCCUCCUACCUACCCUAUACUCUUCUGCCUUUACUGCUUCUCUCCUUCUCCUCCUCUGUCUCUGAACCCUCCAUCAUCCUUGUCUACUGUCCCUCUGCUUUAUCCCCACUCUCCUUUUCUUGCGUGUCCUCCCUGUGUCUUUGAUUGCCUCCUUGUCACUUAGCUCGGGCACGUUCCUCACCCCUCGCCAUGUCUCAUUUGUCUCGCUUUAUCCGCCGGCAUGUGCCGCACGACUACAGAAUAUUGCUUGAGAAAAUGAAGGGGAGCAUAAGGCUGCGGUCCGUAGCCUCCCUGUUAACCCAGUAAUGAUCUACGUCCACUCAGUGUCGCGUUACCUUGCCAUCACCCCAGGGUCACACGGGCUUGGUCGCUGAUAGUCCAUCUGUUAUACAGAUAAAGAGGCAAAUGAGGCUGCUUUGUAAUGUAGUGUGACCCUGUCAGGCUAACACAGACAGGGCUAACAUAGCCAGUGAAGCAGUGAGGAUCCUGCAACAAAAUAAGGGGAGAUGGGUUAUAGCUCAUUAAUCUGUAUCAGCAGUUCAUUUGCAGACUAACAGAGGAAAGCUGAUAACAAAACAGCGUGAGACUUUUCCACUCUCCGUGUGCCUAACAUCUAACAGGGGAUAGAGGCCUUUGAUAUUGAAGCGACCCCUGCACAGUCUCAUUUUUGUCAGAGAAAACACACACACUUUGAUGUUGAAUCAUUUAUAGGCCAUCAAAAAAUUGUCUCUCCUGUAGUCUGUUUACGCUCUGCUUUUUCAUUUAGUCCUUUCAAAGAGGGAGGCUUAAGGAAGGGGGAGGCAAGGAUGAAAAGUGAAGAACAGUGGGUGAGGAGGGGGAGGGGGAGGGGGCGCAGCCAGGCUCACAACGGUCAUGAGGGGUCUUCAAACAGAGAUAUUGCAGAUAUGAAGGCAGAGGAGUGAAAAAAAAGAUAAGGAAUAAGGAGGCAAAACUAGCCAUCAGACUGUCGCCAUGGAAACAGUGACCUUGUGCAGAAAGUAAGAAGAGGUAGAUAUGCCUGUCGCUUUGGUGUCUGUGCAACAGGCAUUUUUAAUUUCCCAUAGGCGAUUUCACAAAUGUGGACCUUUAUCAAAAACACUCUCAUGUGGAAUGUAUAGAAACAAGGGUUUUGAUGAAACUGGACAGAAGAAUGACGUCACCUUUGCGGAGCAGCGCACUGUUUCAGUUGCUUAAAUGAAAUAAAUCACCACAUGGACUGAAACAUUUUGUAAUUUUACUGUCCAGUAGUUCUCCUCGCCUUAUUGAUUUCCAUCUCUGUGAAGACAGCCGCCAUAGCUUUUAGCACGAGCACAUUCGAGCGUUGUCACACACAAAAUUGUACUCCUGUUCUUCUUCUCUCAAAUGUACUUUUUUCAUUUUGUACAAUGAAAAAUAGCGGGGUGAGCAAAGACGGUCAAAGCAAAACAUACAAAAUAUAACAGUGAUCAUGAAAGACAAGGCUGUAAGUGGAGCAGCAACAACUGACAGAAACGUUUCGAGCGUAUGCCUGUCACUGAAUGACUUGAAUGACGAGAAUAUCAAUGGUGACUUUAAUGAGUAAACCAUUCUUUCCCUUUCCACUACUUUUUCAAUGCUCAAUUCCUUUUCAAUGCUUUUGGUGGCUUAAUGAUUCAAUGUUGAUGCUGGCUACAGUGGAAAAAAAGGUUGAGAUUUUUUAUAUAUAUAUAUAUAUAUUUGGGGAUGAGGCCUGUGAGUUGAUUCAGAAUGAAUGGAAUAUCUCUGUUUUGGUAUUGAGCAGGAUGGCUUUAUUUGGGCGAGAUAUUUGAAUGCCAGAAUGAAAUUAAGAUGGAGCUGCGGGAGGUGGGACUUGAAAUACCAGCAGAGUGAGCUUGAUUUUCGUGCAAAAACCCGAAGCCAAGGUGAUCAAAUUCUUGUGUGUUAUUCUGCCAACUGUCUAUGUAUGGGGGAGGUGGGGUGGGGAGGGUUACUGUAUGUGGGGAACAUCCUCUCUCAUUUUUGGAGAGAAUAAUCAUCAAAUGGAUAAAUUUCUACAAAAAAAAAUAUUUUCAAAAACAUAAUGCAAAAAAAAAAAAUCUUCAGAUCAUAAUUUUACAUGUGCUUCAAUUGUUAAAAAAAAAGAUGAAAAACAAAAAACAAAAAAGAAGAAAAAAAAAACACAAGAGACUGUGCUUGUAAGGAGUCCAACUAAUUUCUCUGAGGAUGAUGUUCAAAUAUUGAUACCUGAGAUUGUAGUUCAUACUGUACAUGAAUACAAAUAAAAAUUGCAAUUCUUUUUUUCCAUUAGA